AUGCCAUUCAAGUGGACCGCCGAGUCCGACAACAAAAUCCUCCUCGGGAUUCUGAGCCAUCUGAAGGAUACCAAUAUCAGGCUUGACAUGGACAAGAUUGCUGCGUUUGUUGGACCAGAUGUGACCACCAAUGCUUUGAGUUGUCGCAUCGGGCGACUCAAGAAGCUGGCGGAGGGAAGUUUCGUGGGGAACGGCGAUUUUACUACUCCUACCACUUCACCGCAGAAGCGAAAGGGCACUCCCCGCACCCCUGCAAAGAAGAAGCAGAAGAACAUCCCCGACGAGAGAAGCAACAGCGUGAAGACGUCCUUGGCAGACCAGCCUCGUGUUGUUAUUAACCUGGAAAACAAGAAGCACACACCAGUUAAGGCGGAGCAGGCUAAGACUGAGAAGAUCAAGGCCGAGAAAGACUUGAUCGUUUUCGACGACUCUGACGAAGUCAAGGAGUUUGAUAUUAAGGCUGAAGAGGAAGACAAGCAGGAUAUCAAGGCCGAGAGUGAUGAUGCAGAUUGCUUUGCGAUUUAG